AUGGUCUACACGACUAGACCCAUUACCCUCAGACAUCCCUCUGUGAGCCUAGAGCAGCUUUAUAUCGUCAAGGGGAGUAUCUUAAGCCCUGCGAAAGUGAGAAGCCAACGCCUGCUACCGGAGAUAGAAAAUACAGAAUUAUCAUUUCGACAGAAGACAAAAAGGUUCUUUGGAUUUUCGAAGGUUCCUAAGUUCUGGUUCCAAGUCCUGGUGGAAUCGUCGUCGGUUGUUCAAUUUGAAAAUCCAGAAGUAUUACAGAUUAGCUUGAGAAUUGAGACUUUGAAGGGGGAUAAUCAAACAAGGAAAAUCAUUCAAGACAUCCAGCGACAAAUUCAGAUAAAUUGCAUCAAAAUUCGGAUCAAGAGUUGGACGACAAUUAAAGCCUGCGAAAAUCCCAAUAGUGGAGCAAAGACCGACAAGCAGGGCUUUGAUUUGGAUUUCCAUUUCGAGCAUAUCUUUAAAGAUCUUGCAAGUCCAUUAGUGGCUAAUUCGUUAGAUAAUGCUGAUGAGACUCUCCCCAUUAGAGAUAUGUUUCAGCUUGUCCUGCGGAAAGAUGUUCUCUAUAUAAACGGAAAGUGA